CUGAGUUAGAAGCAUAGCAUAGAAUACUAGCUUUGCAUUGACACAUACAGGCAGGAACAAAAUGACAUUAAGAGAGGCAACACUUCUGAUUGCAGCUUUGCUCUUGUGGGGCUGCUGUCAAGGGAAUGAUGAUGGUGCUAUGGACUGCUGCUUGGAGACUAAAGACAAACCAGUCCCAAGGAAUGUGGUCCUAUCAUACAGAGUACAAAAACCUGAAAAUGGAUGUUCAAUUAAGGCCAUUGUGUUUCAGGCUGAAAAUGGUAUGUCACUGUGUGCACCUGAUUCAUCAAAAUGGGUAAAAAAUCUUAUGGACUAUUUGGACAAAAACAAAAGAUAUCGAAAGGGUAAACCCAAAGGAAAACAUCAAAGAAGCAAACCAAAGAGACAAACAAGAGGAGAAAAGCAAUGAGUGAAGAAAUCAACUAUAAGUUUACAUAACUGAAGAUACUGUUGAACAGAAGUUGAUAAUACAAAAGCUGCUGACCGCACAAAAUGUAAUCAAUGCACAAAACUGCACUGUGGGACUUUGCCGCUGUAUUUCAUAUUGCUUAACUGGAUUUUACUAUAAUAGACCUUUUCUCUGCCAUAAAGCUCCUGCUUAUGUUUUAGAAGUACAAAUCUAUCAUGCCUGGUAUUACACUUUGCACAUCAUAUUUUGUACAUCUUCAUAUUUGUACUAUUAUGCAACUUUGUAUGAAGUUUUUCUUUUUAACUAAUGCUACAUUAUGUUUAUGUUAUUUUUAUGUGAUGUUGUGUUCUGUUAUAAGCAGCUCCAAAUCUAAUUAAGUACUGGCGAAUAAAAAUGAUUCUGACUCUGAAAAGGCUCAUGUACACUCUGAAAAUGCUGCCUUCUGUUUCCUUCAGUUUCCAUGAUGGAUCACUAUCUGUCCCUGUGCAAGUCAGCAAUCUUGCCAAUAUUUUACAUGCAGAAAUAUAUUUAAACAAUGACAAGUACUUGUGAAAUAUAAAACAUUUUGAAUUAAAAGUUUACCUGUGGAUGUUA